UUUUGAGGGACAGUUUUGAAAGGGAUUGCAAGGGGCUAAUGUCUUUUCCUGCCUGAACACUUGAUUGCACAAGUAUGCUUCUUAUCAAAUACACACAAGUUGUAGACUGUGUAAACCUACUAUAGCCACUCAGGUGUUCAAACAUUACCAAAUAUAGGGUAGUUACAUUGUGUAUGACAUCACAAUGGAAUCUCUUUGUUUACUAUGCUAUAUAAGUUGUAGUACUACCCAUAAUAAACUGAACUUGUUUUGCAACACACAAGCCUACAGUGUCGUUCAUUGCAAGUUCCCUGAUCAGCACGCUUGGAGAGAUGAUAUCAGAUGGUUUACCGUUGCAUCAAGUAUAAGACGAGCCGGCUCGCAGCUGCAAGGACAGUGCAGGGAUAGCACAGUGGAGUUUAGUGGCCCUAACAGUUUUCUGGUGUCAGAAGUGGAACGGCUGGAAAUCCAGAGGUAAGUAGAAUCACUGUCUGAACUGACGGUGUUUUCUCUUACCUUUGGCUCUUUCCGAUUGUCCGAUUCUUUAGUUUAAAUAAGUGUCUCAUGUAUGGUUGAGACUGUCUCAUGUAUGGUUGAGACAAGGGCAUGAUUACCAGUUUAAAUAAGUGUCUCAUGUAUGGUUGAGACUGUCUCAUGUAUGGUUGAGACAAGGGCAUGAUUUGCAGCUAAAGUGUCUCAUGUAUGGUUGAGACUGUCUCAUGUAUGGUUGAGACUGGUUAUAGAGAUCCCAUGGUAGUAUAGUAAAAUAGGGAUACUCAGGUUGUGCACGGAGACCAUUUCUUACUGACUGAUUCAUCUUUCCAUGCGUAUUAUUGUCUUGUCUUGUCUGUGUAUUUGUGUUUUAAAAUAUAUCUGUGAACAGCUGCAGCGUUAAGAGUGAUCACGAGUUGCUAAACGGGUAUUGUUGGGACCUUGAUCUCAGUUCAGCCCUGGCUUCUCUGUUUCGUUGCAAUCGUACAUGACACGUUCUUUGAUAAGAAUUUAAGACAUUGGUUACAGCACCUGCGCUUGGUUUACCUAAUUAUGUUAAACCUUUUCAUUUAUAUGUCAAGGACACCUGUAAAACCAUGGCUGCGGUCUGUGCUCAAGAAUCUGGGGGAAGUUUUCGUCCUGUGGCCUAUUUUUCCAAAGUAAUGCCGCUUCCGGUACAGGGGAUGCCGGCGUGUCUCAGAGCUUUAGCAGCUAGUGCUAUGGCUGUUGAACUGUCACAGUCUGUCACAAUAGGCCACAAUACUAUUUUGCACACCUCACAUCAGGUUACACACCUAUUGAAGAACAUUACCACCCAACACAUGACCUCCCAAAGAUUAAGUGGCUAUGAAGUUAUUCUAUUAGGUACUGCAAAUUUACAGAUCAAAUACGCAAUCAACACUCAAGGGCCUGCUGCCAUACUGCAUGCUCUAUUACAUCUGUCUGACCCUACUAAUGCUUUUAUACUCGAUCCUCAUGACUGUGUUGAAUCUAUCCACUACUCUACCUCACCUCGACUCGAUCUAACUGACACUCCUUUGUCACAUGCUACUAACGUUUUUGUUGAUGGUUCCUGCUCCAGGCCUUCCGAUGACACCUACAAAGCAGCAUAUUCAGUUGUCCAACUCCCUAAUAUUGUACUCGAGACUAAGUCUAUCCCUGUUAAUUCUGCACAAGCAGCAGAACUUAUAGCACUCACCAGGGCCUGUCACUUGUUUGCCAACCGCCCCGUUAAUAUAUUCAGUGACAGUAGAUACGCUUUUGGGGUAGUUCAUGAUUUUGGCAAAAUUUGGCAACAAAGAGGUUAUGUUACUGCAGAUGGGAAAUCCAUCGCACACCCUGCCCUCAUUCAUAAUCUUUUACAGGCCAUCCAACUUCCUUCCGAAAUUGCAAUUAUCCAUUGCAGGGCACAUACCAACAGAACUGACGAGAUUUCCCUCGGUAAUGCCCUAGCAGACCAGGUUGCCAAAACUACUGCAUCCUCUGCCACUCCCACUGUCAUCCCCAUGUUUCUCCACACACCUCCGAGUUGUCCAGACAGUCAAAUUCUACAGUAUUUGCAAACAUUUGCCACUCAGACUGACCUGCAUUUUUGGGAACAGCAAAAUCUUACCCUUGACCAGUUUGGUCUUUAUUCCAUCCAAGGCAAAGUGGGUAUCCCCGAAAACAGUCUACCCCUACUUAUCUCUCAAGCUCACGGCAUUGGACAUAGGAGUUCUAAGCUCACUUUGGCUGAAAUGCAAAAACAUUUCAUCGCAAAGAACCUUGAGACAGCAUUGUUCUACCUUUGUUAAAACUUGCCUCACCUGUCUUAGGGCCAACACCUUAGGAACACACAAAGUACACCAAAAUUUGCCUCCCCCAAUUGCACCUUUUUCUCACUGGCAAGUUGAUUUUACUCAUAUUCCUAAGAUUGGCAAACUACAGGAAUAUUUGCUCGUUUUUACCGACCAUUUCUCUCGCUGGGUAGAAGCUUUCCCUUGCCGUCACGAAGACGCCAAAACCGUUGUUAAGUUCCUAGUUAAUGACAUCAUACCCCGAUUUGGUUGUCCGCAAAAAAAAAUUAAUUCCGAUAAUGGCCCAGCUUUUGUUAGUAAGGUCCUCCAGCUUCUAAUUUCCACCUUACAAAUCACAUGGAAGUUUCA